GGCAAAAGACUUUCUAGGAUGAUGGAGGAGCUUUUCACAGAGGGAGAGUUCUAUGUUGAGAAUUUUCUUCCCAAAGAUUAUCUGGAAACAUAUUAUAAACUUAACGUUGAAGAUGAUCAAAUUUUAACCUGUUUCCUGAAAGCGGCUCACAGGGCAUUCAGCCUAGAUGGCAUCAAGGGAGACACCCUGAUCGACAUUGGCAGUGGGCCAACCAUCCACCAGUUCCUCUCCGCCUGUGAGUCCUUCCGAGAGAUCAUAGCCAGUGAUUACAUUGUCCAGAACUGGGAGGAGGUGAAGCGAUGGCUGAAGAAGGAGCCGGGGGCUUUUGACUGGACCCCCAUCGUGAAAUACGUCUGUGAGCUGGAGGGAGACAGGGAAAAAUGGCCAGAGAAGGAAGAGAAAGUCCGAAGAGCCAUCAAGCGAUACCUGAAAUGCGAUGUGACCCAACCCAACCCUUUGGCCCCGCUGGUUCUUCCUCCUGCAGAUUGCCUGCUCUCCAGUUUGUGCUUCGAUGGGGCUUGCAAAGACAUCCCCACCUACCGAUCGGCUUUCAGGAACAUCAGUUCCCUCCUGAAACCAGGGGGGCACCUUCUCUUUCAUUCAACGCUUGAGGAGCAUUACUACAUGGUGGGCCAACACAGGUUCUCUGCCCUCUACUUGGAGAAGGAGAUGGUCGAAGAGGCAGUGAGACAGGCUGGCUUUGUCAUUAAGUGGAUUGAGGAGACCAGGGUCAACAUCCCCCCUUCUCUAGCUGAUGGGAAGAAACUGUGCAUCCUUCUUGCCCAGAAAUGCAGCCCAUGAAAGUUAGACAGCUGUCAAUGUAACACCCAGAGAUUUCCCCAACCAUCAUCAUGAAUCUGUUAUACAAGUUAGGGAAAGCACAGACAACAUGGCUUCUAUGCUCUUUUCCUUGCCUUUCCUAGUAGGCAUCUGGCAAAUGGCUCUGUGUGUAAUAAAGUAACACCUUGCCUCUG